CCAACGCCUCUCCAUUUCUCCAAUCUCUCUCUCGCAGCCCCCCUUGUUUUAAGCCCUUCCACUGUCCCCCAACAACCUCUGUUCUUUUUAUAUACACACUCAUAAGCAUAAGCAGAGGCACAAGCACGCAGUUUGUCUGUUUGUUUGUCUCUUUUUUCUCUCUCGAGCAAUAACACAAACACAGAGAGAGUCUUCCUUGUUAUUUGUUCAUGGCCGAGGAACAGUACCAAAAGCCAACGACGGAGGAGGUCGUGGUGGAGACAUCAACCACGGAGAAAGAGCCGCCGGUUCCGGAACCGGAGCCGGAGGCGGGGAAGCCGGGUCCGGUUCAGGAAGUGGUAGAGGAGCCGGAGAAGCCCAAGGCCGAGGAGGUGAAGAUUACCGAAUCGGUGUCUUUCAAGGAAGAGAGUUACGUGGUUGGGGAGCUCCCGGAGGCGCAAAGGAAGGCGCUUGAGGAGCUGAGGCAACUCGUCCAAGAGGCCCUCAACAAGCACGAAUUCACGGCUCCUCCUCCGCCGCCCAAGGAAGAAGAGAAGAAGGAGGAGAAGAAGCAGGAGGAAGAAGAAAAGGCUCCUCCUGCUUCUUCUUCUGCUGCGGAACCCCCCAAGACUGAAGAGAAACCUGAAGAACCUCCCAAGGUGGAAGCCGAGGGGUACUCUGCACCACCUGUGGAAGCAAAAGAUGAAGAGCCUCCCAAGGUAGAAGAGAAAGAAAAAGAGGUUGCUACUGAGGUGGUUGAAGCGAAAGAAGAAGAGAAGGUUCCACCGCCACCACCUGCUGUGGUUGUUGUUGAGGAGGUGGUUGAGAAAGUGACCGCCACCGAUGAGACUGCAGAGGCAAUCAAAGAGACCAUAGUCGUCGAGGUCUCUGCUCUUCCUCCGACCGCAACAACAGAGCCAGAGGCGCCACCAGCUGAGACUAAGGCUACGGAAGAAGCUGAACCGAAAGCAGAAGAAGUGGAGGUCCCAGCGCUGCCUCCGCCUCCGCCUGAGGAGGUCUCAAUCUGGGGAAUUCCGCUUCUUCAUGACGAGAGAAGCGAUGUGAUCCUCUUGAAGUUCCUGAGAGCCAGGGACUUCAAGGUCAAGGACGCCCUGGCCAUGCUCAAGAACACGGUCCGCUGGCGCAAGGAGUUCGGAAUCGAAGCCCUUCUCGAGGAAGACCAUGGAAGUCACUGGGACAAGGUGGUGUUCACACACGGUCAUGACAAAGAAAGCCACCCCGUUUGCUACAACGUCUUCAGCGAGUUCCAGAGCAAGGAGCUGUAUCAGAAAUCCUUUUCCAGUGAAGAGAAGCGCCAGAAGUUUCUCAAGUGGAGGAUUCAGUUCUUGGAGAAGAGCAUUAAGAAGCUUGAUUUCAGUCCAACUGGGAUCUCCUCCAUUGUUCAGAUCAACGAUUUGAAGAACUCCUUUGGAAUCGACAAGAGGGAGCUCUGGCAGGUCACCAAGCAGGCCGUUCACUUGUUUCAGGAUAACUACCCUGAAUUCCUAGCCAAACAGAUUUUUAUCAACGUUCCUUGGUGGUACCUUGCAUACAAUAGGAUGAUUAGUCCUUUCCUGACACAAAGGACCAAGAGCAAGUUUGUAUUUGCAGGCCCAGCAAAAUCUGCUGACACCCUUUUCAAAUAUAUAGCUCCUGAGCAAGUGCCAGUUCAGUAUGGUGGGCUGAAGAAGGAGGAUGAACAGGAAUUCACCACUGCAGACCCUGUUACAGAGGUUACAAUCAAGCCGGCAUCCAAGCAUACCAUUAUAUUUCCAGUUUCUGAGACUGGCCUGGUGGUUUGGGAAGUCAGAGUGGUGGGUUGGGAUGUGAGCCAUGGAGCUGAAUUUGUGCCGAGUGCUGAGGGCGGGUACACAGUGAUUGUACAGAAGACAAGGAAGAUUACUCCAUCUGAAGAAACAGUGAUCCACAACAGCUUCAAAGUAGGUGAGGAAGGCAAGGUGGUGCUUUCCUUUGAUAACCAAACCUCCAAGAAGAAGAAGCUCCUGUACAGGUCUAAGACCAAACCCUACUCUGAUUAAAGCUUAGAUAAUAAGCAAUGCCUUUUGUGGCCAAUGGGUGUAAAUUUCCAGUCAAUUUGGAGGCAUGCAUUAAAUUGCAGAGCUGGGUUCUUUGUUUUUUAAUACAGGGUUUAAUUUUUUGUUCUUUCUGUCAAAACUUUAAUUUUGUUUGGAAAUUUAAAAUGUGGGGGUUGGGGGAUUUAUUUAUAUGUUCUUUCUAUUAGUUUGUUGGGAUUUUUUGUUAUUUGGCUUUGGAGUGUAAACCAUUAAUGUUGAAAAAACAGCCUGGGAUGCAUGAGAUAGAGACACAUUUGUGGUACAUAUGUUUGGGGAAUGGACAUGUGUAUGGACCGAGGACAGAAACUUUGUACUACUCUUGAUUUUGUGUCUGUAAAAUUUGUGUAAAUUUGGUGUAUUUAUUUA